UCUGUCUGUCAAACGAACCAACCCAACACUUCCUCACCCACCCCCUUCCCUUUCCCCUCUCUCGUCUCCCCCUGUCCUGCCAUCCCGGGCAGCUCUCUGUCGUUAUAUACGUCCCUUCCCUCUCCCGCAGACCUCGUAUCCAGAUGCGGCUUUGCCCCGAGGCGAAAAAAAACUGUCCCUCCGAACCGAUCUGCUCCCGGUGCGCGGCGAUAGUGCUUAACGCCCGGCCGCCGGGGUUAUCUCCACGCCGAGUCUGGCUACUGCUGGCCCCGGCCCCACGUAACCCCGAGGCUGGCACACACGGGCUGGCGCUGACAACCACGGGGCAAACCACCGCAAAGGCGGUCCGGGCUGCGUGGUCGGUGCUGGUUCGGUGUUCGGCGUUCGGGCCUGGCGGGCGUCAGGCGUGCCGGCGUUCGGAAAGGGAAGAAAAAAGCUGACGCGGUCGUCGGCGGAUGACAGUGGGCAGGGUGCGAUUA